AUGACAAAACAAUCCACCAAAAAACAGUCACCGAACACCUGCACAAUCUACCUCACCCCAUCGCCGGCCGCGGCCAAUUCCAUUGCCUGUUACCCCAUCUCUGAUGUGAUGAAAGUAUUGAUUGAAGAAUCUAUAGACGAGAAGCCAAGGUGGCUAGAUAUAGAUAUCCCCACUAGUCCCAAAUAG